GCGAGAGCAGCGGCUCCUUUAAGCCCCCGGCCCCGCCCCCCCCGGUCCUCGGCGUGGCCAGAGUCUGGCCGCGGAGGGGUCGGGUCCGCGGGACCGCGAUGGAGCUGCACAUCCUAGAGCACCGCGUGCGGGUGCUGAGCCUCGCCCGCUCCGGCCUCUGGCUCUACACCCACCCGCUCAUCAAGCUGCUCUUCCUGCCCCGCCGAAGCCGGUGCAAGUUCUUCAGCCUGACGGAGACUCCCGAGGACUACACGCUCAUGGUGGACGAGGAGGGCUUCAAAGAGCUGCCCGCGUCGGAGUUCCUGCAAGUGGCCGAGGCCACCUGGCUGGUGCUGAACGUGUCAUCCCACAGCGGAGCCGCGGUGCAGGCCGCGGGGGUCACGAAGAUCGCCCGCUCCGUCAUCGCCCCGCUGGCCGAGCACCACGUGUCUGUGCUGAUGCUGUCCACUUACCAGACGGACUUCAUCCUGGUGCGGGAGCAGGACCUGUCCGUGGUGAUCCACACGCUGGCCCAGGAGUUCGACAUUUACCGCGAGGUGGGCGGGGAGCCCGUGCCUGUGGCCAGGGACGAUUCCAGCAACGGCUUUCCGCGUGCUCAGCACGCAGGGCCCAACCCCACGGUGCAUCCUAUCCAAAGCCCACAGAACCGCUUUUGUGUCCUCACACUGGACCCCGAGACCCUGCCGGCCAUCGCCACCACCCUCAUCGACGUCCUCUUCUACUCCCACAGCGCCCCCAAAGAGGCAGCCCCUGGCGAUCCGGGACCCAGCUCCAUCACGUUCUUUGCCUUCUCCCUCAUCGAGGGCUACAUCUCCAUCGUCAUGGAUGCGGAGACACAGAAAAAGUUCCCCAGUGACCUGCUGCUGACCAGCUCCUCGGGGGAGCUGUGGAGGAUGGUGCGCAUCGGGGGACAGCCCCUGGGCUUCGAUGAAUGUGGGAUCGUGGCCCAGAUCGCGGGUCCCCUGGCCGAGGCCGACAUCUCUGCCUACUACAUCAGCACCUUCAACUUCGACCACGCCCUGGUGCCCGAGGACGGCAUCGGCAGCGUCAUCGAAGUCCUCCAGCGACGGCAGGAGGGCCUGGGCUCCUGAGGCCGCGGGGGAGCCGCAGCCUCUGCGCUCGGCCCUCACCCCCAGGCUUCCAGAGACUUCUCUAAGCUAUUUCCCCAAGCUCUGGGGUGAGCCCACUUCCCUCUCCUGCCUCCCCCACUCAUGCAGGGGGACCCCCACCUCUCUGUAUAAGCUGCGUGCAGGCACCGGCUCUCCCGCGGACGCGCGUGUCUGCCCACACAGGGAACACGGUGCUCUGGGCUUCCCCCCGGGGAGCCCUCAACCCAUCACUCCCCACCCAGCCUCGGCGUUUGCACAUUCCCUGCCUGAGGCUGAGCCACCCCCUCUCAGCACCCGGGCCGGCUGCUCCCUGGACAGGGCCCUGGUCUCGUUCUGCGUCCGGUUGGGCUGCUUCCCUGACCAGGUGGGUUCUGACAGUGCCUUCCCCUCAGGGGGCCUCGGAGAAAAGUAUUUUUACGUCUCUCUGCUCUUUUUUUUUUUUUUUUUACCAACUUGUUAAUAAAGGGCUUGUAGUGUCCAG